CCCAACCUCAACGCUGCACAAUUCCAACAACGCCCUUGACUCUAACGGAGCUCGAAAGAGCAGGUCUGCGAACACUCAAUGCUCACUGUGGGUAGCAUAUGCUGAAGGACGGGUUGUUGCUAUGGCGCUACCACCGAGCUCACCUCGACUCCCUUCCCCUCCUCCGCCAACGGAGAUUCAGAUUGGUCCCAAAUCACCAUCUGCGGGUGGCUUGAUGUCAGAACCCACCAUUGAGCAGAGUAUCAUAGAUGCAAAUGCGAAACGAAGAAUACACCCAGGUACCAAGUCUGCCGAUAUGGCAGCUGGUCCUCCACUUAUCCCCCUCAACGAGCUCGAUUCCGCCUUCCAACUUCAAGAACACCUGAAGGCUUUACACUACCACUAUUCUAAGCCUUUAGACAGCGAAAAUACGAUUCCCAUCUCCCGUCAGACAGCAAUCCUCAUUGCUACACAGCCUGAAGGCGUCGACCGUGCUCUAUGGCUUUACGAACUCUGUCGCUUUCUCAUAAACAAGUGUAAUGAUCUUAUUAUCGGUUUCUUGUUUGACAAUCCCCCGUGUUCCGCUACAACAUGCCCCGAGAUGCGAGCCAGUGAGUGGCAAUUCCUUUGCGCUGUACACGAAUCUCCAAAAAGCUGUUGUGCUAUUGAUUAUUGCUGCCAUACACUUGACUGGGCUACCAAUAUUGUCACAAGCCAGAAGAUAUUUCCAAGUCGAUUGAGCUUGGGUGCAGGAGAUGCCGUGGAUGAACGAGGAGCUGGCGUAAAACAUUUGACGAACAUAUUUCGACGCCUGCAUCGAAUUUUUGCACAUGGAUGGUUCCAGCAUCGGGGGGUGUUCUGGCAAGUGGAAGGUCAGACUGGCUUGUAUGUUCUGUUCAAGACUGUGUGCGAUACGUAUGACCUACUCCCAGCGGAGAACUACAAAUUGCCCCCUGAAGCGGAAGGAUUGGAGCCUGCAGAGGAUCUUCGAGCUCCCGUUCCAUCGAUAAUGAAAGCUGCGCCUACUCCAAGCACCAUAUUUAUGGCCGACGAUGACUCUAGUCGGAAAAAUACCAGGCGUCAUAUCAGACAAUCUCCUUCCGUUGGAUCGGCAGUAACAACUGUACUGGAAUCCGACGAGGAAGAGGGUGACGUCACUCAAACGCUCGGAGCUUUGCAGAUCACGGAGGAGGACGAAGAUGAGGAGGCGACUGAAAUUCCAGUCAUAGUAGAGUCUUUUGAGGAGGCUGAACCUCAACAGGCACGAGAAGAGGAGCCAGUUCCGGCACCAGCCGAAGACGUGGAGCGAAAGCCUGAGUGCCCUGCCGAAUCAACUUCGUCAUGGGACAGCAUGUCUUCCGAAUUAGAAGAGAAGUCAGAGCCGAGGCAGCAAACCCUGGAAGACAGAGAAGAGCAAGACCGAGAUGCAGAAACUUUGGAUGAGUUUCAUGAAGACGCCCUGAUUUCGUUGGUUGCUGAGCAGGAUGACCGCCAGGUUCCAGAAAAGGGUGUUGAGGAGACCGUACUUGAGAAGCUUGGGGACGAGCAGGGGCUGGAGGAGGGGCUGGUGACGGAAGAGGGUCAGGUUGGGAAGGCAGGUUCUGAGAAGGUGGACGAUGGACAGGAAAUAGAAGGGUCAUGAUGUGAUGUUGCAUAGAACCUGUAAUCUAAACACUGUACGUAGAUACCCAAACAAUGAAUCUUUCAAUCUCGGAAUCAUACGGCCCUCGAAUUAUACACUAACUUUCUCAAGUAACAGUCCCUCGAAGUCAGUCCUACAGCAAAUAAAAUUACUGGCGACCGAUACUGCAUAGAUAGUACUGCGUAGAUCGUUCUGUAUUUGGAUUGAAAGAACAUUGCUCGUAGGAGCAGAUGUAUGAUGGACGCCAAAGCACAUCGCUACAAACCGAAAUUCUCGAACAUCCCCAAGUUCUUCCGUAUUUCCUGGGUAUCAUAGUGCGAAACGGGGUACCUACCUCUAUUUCUAAUGUCUGUUACUCCAGCUCCGCAAGCCCAUGCGGGGAUUUCUGAGCCUGGUUCCAACCCUGCCCUUGUCCUUGUCCUUGUCCAUACAUCGGCGAAAUUUGCCUUUCAUCCUGUGCGUGUUGUGUCAGCAGCUCAGUAUGACGCUGUGAUUGUGAUUGUCGACUUGUACUAGAUGGUAGGUAGGCCGCUUCGACGGUUUCCGUGCGAGGACUUUGGCUAGAACUCAAAAUCUGCUCUGAUCCUCUGUUUCCUGGCUGUUGACUUGCGACUUCUGGGCCUGAAUAUGAGCUUUUCUGCGAUGCGCCUGAACUGCCCGACUUCCGUAUAUUAAGCGCUGUGGGAUGUAAUUUGCUUUCAUAGCUAGUCCGCGAGCCUGACUGAUCGGGGCGGUAGCUGGAGAUGCUCUGGAGGGGAAAUAUUGGAGACUUUUGCGACCCGGAAAGUGCAUUGUCUUGGGGCUUCCAGCCGCCCGCCAUGCUUUGUGAGCCAUUAUCGCUCGAGGUGUAUUCGGUGGAUGCGUGGGAGUCGGUAUAAGAGUCACUGAGGGUGUGCUCCUUCAGGGCACCGGUUUUGGCAGCUUCUUCCUGGAUUUGCGACUUCACUAACAGACGUCCAACGAGCGACGAAUGGGCCUUCUUAAGCGUCUUCUUCACAAACCCACCCAUCAUGAUAUUGCAACGCAUCUGAAGAAGAUUAUCAGCACUAGCCAAAGUGUAGACGUGUGAAGAGCAUUUACAUCCACGUCCUCUCGUAACCACAGUCCCUGCAAAGGCGCUCCUAACCCAAGUUCCACCGGUGCGAUAGGUUCACCAGGAAGUGAUCCUCCAAGAGUCCAUUUCCCUUUUAUGUCCAGUCCCAUCGGCGCAUAGCAGUGCGUCUGCAACCCAUCUUUCAGGUCGUGAAAGCAACAUGUAUAGGUAACUUGGCCCGAUGCUAAUCCCCCAGGAAGAUACUGGACGCGGUCCGUCAAUGAGUACCAGUCGCAAUGGUACUCCUCGGGGGUCGCAUUUGGCGGUGGCUUGAUCGGAUGUCUCUCUAUGACGAGGGGAUUCAGAUCUAUCAUCUCCGUGUGGCUUCUCAGUGUUUCCAUGACCACGUCACGACCGAUUCCUGAAGGCAAAGGAGUAAGUGUUGUGAAGACCGUUCUUCUCGACAUUUUGGUAUCGCGGAAAGGUGUGGGGUGAUUUGGAGAUUGGACGUCAGGAUGUACCUAUCGUAAGUGGCAGGUAAUAAGAGACAAAUAAAAUUGCAAAUAUAGACAAGGAAGCAAGUUCGAAGGGAGAAGAGGCUGUUGUAUGUGGCUUGUAAAAGAAAUACGUAUAACUACACUGCGUCCACAGCGACAAAGGAUCAAAUGCACGGUUUCCUUAGUUUACGAGAAGUGAUGACCGGGCGUUGCAUUGCCAAGGAGUGGAGAACAAUACAAUAGUACAGUAACGGUGGACAGGCGAGACAGGCUAACGAAG